AAGGACGACGGAGCGCAGCCGAGAGAGCGAGGCCGCGCACGUCGACGAGGAAAGAGAAAAGGAAAAACGAUCGCUCGGCCGUCGGGGGAAAGCGGUGCAGGCGCAGCGCGACGUCACCGCAGCCGGACGACCGACCGCCCGGAGCGCGGCUCGCGCCAAGGAAAAAGGAAAAUCCACAGGCUCAUCAAUAAACAUAAGCCCAAAGGUCCGCAAGGCGGAACGGCGCGUGUGCUUGCGCCACGAGGUGCAGGAUGCCACCCCCUCCUCUCCCCUCCUCCUCCCGCUCCCGCCUGCCGCCCACCGAUCCUUUCGGUCCGCCGUCGUCGCGACGUAGCGGGAGAGCGCCGGACAGAUAAAUAAAGGCCUCACCGCUCCUCGAGUCUCACCUCCAGUCGCAUCGCCGACCAGCUUCGAGCACCUCUCGGCCGACACCUGCACCCCUGAAGCUUCUCAGGUCAGUCCUUCCUCUGUUAUUCCGAUCGAUGCUUACCGCUGAUGGGCACCUUUAAUUACGCCGACGCGCCUUCGCCUGUCGCAAUUUGUUGCGCAUCACCGCGCCACUCGCAAACUCGAAAGAGAGAGAGAGAGAGAGAGAGAGAGAGAGAGAGAGAGAGCGCAGAGUUAAGCUGCUUAAAACUCGUCGAGCCCAACUUACGUCGCCCGCCGCGAAAUUCGUCAGCGAAGGAUGAAAAUCAGGGAACGUACCCACGACGACGACGACGACGACGACGACGACUCGUCGACUCUCGCUUCCGCAAUAAACGCCCGAACGCUUGAUUACUUCCUGCUCUCCGUGCGCCCUCGGCGCUCGCUGCUGCCACGCUAAUGUCCUUCCGAUGCCGCGACGACGAAGAGAAAAACGGCGGCCUGCAUAGAAAAAAAAGUUUGCAAUCGAGGCAACGCGUCGGGCCGAUUAUCGCUCGCCGAACAAUCGAUCGCCUGCGUAUCGCCAGUAUCGUUUUUCUUUUCUUUUUUUUUUUCUUUUUGUUUUCCUCGGAACGGCAAGCGUCGCGCUCGCGUCGGCCAGGGUGUAAUUGAUUUCGCGACCGCGACUCGUUCGGUCGACCGCAGUGACCGCGCGCGCGCGCGCGCGGUCGCAGUUCCGUCUGUCCGGCAAAGAGAUCAGGAAGAAAAAACAAAGAGCGCGCGUCGGUUUUGCAUAAAUGAGGCAACGGUGAUUCGCCGAUAGAGGCGCGAUUGUAAAUAGAAAAAGAAAAACGUUGGAAUCGUCGUUAAUGGAGUAAUUAGAGGCUCGGCCGAAGGCGUGCCUCGGCGUUUGUGAGAAAAUCAUCGCCGCUCGCUUUCGUCGGCGAUUAGCUUAUGCAUAAGGCUCGCCCGGAUGAAUAUCGAACGAUCGUCGCGGCGCGGAUGUUCGUACGAGGCAAAAGUCGAGGAGAGACACGAGGCUGUUUUGCCCUCGCAAACUUUUGCAGGCGAUCCUUGGGCGCGCUAAUGAGGAUUGCACAAUGCGCGUGGUUUUCAGCCUGCGAGGUGAUUAUCGGCCAAUUACGCCUCGGCGCCGAAUAAUAACGACGCGGCGCUGUCAAUUAAAGAGAGCGAAAAAGAAAGCGAGUCUGGCCGAGGGGGCAUCGAUGCGCUCAAGGACGAGAAUCGUAUAUUGGAAUGCAAAUAAGUUGGGCAAGAGGUUCGGAACUUAUUUAGAGCGGGUCUCCGGCUCGGCGCUCUCUCGGGAAUUCAAUCAGGCCGUCGCGGAGGUCGGGCCGCGGGGGACGGCACGGCGGGUGCAAGUUUCGGCUGAAAACUUCGGGCUGUACGCGGGUAUAUAUGGGCAGAUGAGCCGGCCGGGCGUUGGUGGCGGACGGCGAUCCGCGAUGCGAGCCGGAAGAGGCUGCCUCGCCUGGCUGCUGUGGGCCGCCGCGCUGGGCGGGCCAGCUGCCGGCUCCGGUGGGCAGCCGGCACCGUCGCCGCCGUCGCCGCCGCACAUCGUCAUGAUCAUCGCCGACGACAUGGGCUGGAACGACGUGAGCUUCCACGGCAGCGACCAGAUCCCCACGCCCAACAUCGACGCGCUGGCCUACAACGGCGUGAUCCUGAACAGCCACUACACGGGCGCGCUGUGCUCGCCGUCGCGCGCCGCCCUGCUCACCGGCAAGCUGCCCGUGCGCACGGGCAUGCAGCACCUGGUGAUCCUGGAGGCGGAGCCGCGCGGCCUGCCGCUCGCGGAGAAGCUGCUGCCGCAGUACCUGCGCGAGGCCGGCUACGCCACCCACGCCGUGGGCAAGUGGCAUCAGGGCUUCCAUAGGCGCGAGUACACGCCGCUGUUCCGCGGCUUCGACUCGCACUUCGGCUACUGGAACGGGCUGCAGGACUACUACACGCACGACGUGGACUCGUCGGUGCCGGGCGAGGGCUUCCGCGGCUUCGACAUGCGCCGCAACAUGAGCGUGGCGCGCGACACCCGCGGCAAGUACUCCACCGACCUGUUCACGGAGGAGGCGGUGCGCCUCAUCGAGCGCCACCCGCGCGACGGCCCGCCCAUGUUUCUGUACCUGGCGCACCUGGCGCCCCACAGCGGCAACGACGCCGAGCCGCUGCAGGCGCCCGACGACGAGGUGGCCAGGCUCGCCCACGUGGCCGACCCCGAGCGCCGCCUCUAUGCCGCCAUGGUGUCCCGGCUGGACCGCAGCGUCGGCGAGGUGGUGCGCGCGCUGCGGCGCAGCCGCAUGCUCGACAACAGCAUCGUCGUCUUCAUGUCCGACAACGGCGCCUCCACCCAGGGCAUCCACUACAACCGCGGCAGCAACUACCCGCUCAGAGGCAUCAAGGCGAGCGGCUGGGAGGGGGCGGUGCGCAACGCGGCCGCCGUCUGGAGUCCGCUCAUCCGGAGGCCGAAGCGCGUGCACGACGGCCUCAUGUACAUCGCCGACUGGCUGCCCACUCUCAUGUCCGCGGCGGGGCUGCCCGGCCAGGCGGAGCUGCGGGCGCGCGGCAUCGACGGCCUGGACAUGUGGGCGUCCAUCAGCGAGGGCCUCGCCAGUCCGCGCGACGAGCUGCUGCUCAACAUCGACACCAUCUUCAACUAUUCGACCAUCCGCGUGGGCGAUUUCAAGUACGUGCUGGGCACGGUGGGCAACGGCGAGGACUGGUACGGCGAGAGCGGCCGGCCCGAGGACGCGCACCUCGAGGGCCGCAGCCCGGCCUACGCGCCCGAGCUCGUGCUGGCGAGCGAGGCCGCCACGGCCAUCUCCGGCCUGCUCACCGCCAGCCAGGUGGGCGAGGUCCGGCGGAUCAGGAGCGACGGCGCGCGGCGCGUCGGCCGCGCCAACUUGAGCAGCGCCGAGCUGCUCACGGCCGAGGACGUGCUGCGGCUCAGGGCCGCGGCGACCCUGCACUGCCGCGUACCCGCCAACGAGACGAUCGCCUGCAACCCCAAGCAGGCGCCCUGCCUGUUCAACGUACGCGAAGACCCCUGCGAGCGGCGCAACCUCGCGGCCAGCCGUCCCAUCAUCCUGGCCCACCUCGAGAACCGGCUGCUUAAGUACAAGCUCACGGCCGUGAAGGAGGCCAACGUGCCUAACGACCCCAUGGCCAACCCCAAGUUCUGGGCCAACACUUGGGUCUGCUGGCAGGACGACGACCCGCUGGAGACCCUGGUCGACGACGAGGUCGGCAGGGACCGACUCAGGGACCCGAACGAGCGGAUGCCCGGCCCGCUCGGCCUCGCCGUCAUCGCGGUGCUGCUCGCCCUCGCCGUUCUCGGCAUUUUCGUGCUCGUUGGCCUCCGCUGCAGCCAGAGGCAGCGCCAGCUCAAGGCCAAGACGCGCGGCCAUCGGCAUCGCGGCAGGCACUUCCACGAGUUGCCGCAGACCGAGCUCAAGCCGGACGACGCUCGGCCGCCGGGCAAGACGCUCGGCAGCUUCGCCAACGAGUUGCGCAACAUGCCCUCGGACAAGGACCUCGCGCGGAGCAUCGAGUGACCGAGGACUGCGAGGACCGGUCGAGCGCGGCUCACCGUCCUCGUCAUUCGGAUCACUUGGUGUCCCAAACGACCGUCGCACACCGAUAAGUCACUUCGUUUCCCCGAUUGACGUUGCUCUACAUUGUCGAUUAGCGAUCGCGUUAGUAGCGUUGACGAGUCGACAACGCCCGACUCUAUCGUCCAACAAUCAACAGACAUUAUACGAACGCGAGCUCGCUCCACCUCUGAAGGACGACUGCUGUAUAACUUCAUUCCCGAUGGUACACACUUUUUUGGUUGUACAUUUAAGAAAUUUUCCGUGUAUCGUCGCUGCGAGUGAAUUCGUUGACCGUCCAUCCCGAAAGAAGGAAUACUUUUACCCUGGUAAAAAUGGAAUUUUGUUUCUUUCAUAUGUCGACACUCAUUAUCAAAACUAGCAACGAGCUUGUACAUAUGUAAUAAAAAACUGAAAACUGUAAUUAUUGAUCGACAAACUCUCUUUAUUGUUACCAUAUGUACAAAAUUGAAACUAGCACUUUGUUUUUUCUUAAAAAUUUAUCUCAUUCUCGAUAUACUUGGCAAUAUUUGCAUUGAUUUCUUAUAUAUUAUUUAUUAAUAAGCAAUCACUAUCAUCAUCAACAACAACAACAACAACACGUCAUUUUAAAUAGUAUAUGGUCAAAAAUAAGCAGAUUAACCUCCGAAGCGAAAAACUUGUACACAUAAUUAAUGACAUACCUCGAGCGGAUGCGCUUACUAAUUUUUCUUUUCUCGUUCUAACAAAACUUUCUCACACAUUAGCAUAUAAAAAACAAAUGAAAAAUCCAAAGUGAUGUAGUGCGUCAGCUCGAGGGACACGACAUGGUAUGUAUUUCUUAUAUGCAAGCUCUUGUUAAUUUUUAAUAUACAAUUAUUUUUUUCCCUUUGUCGAAUCACAGAAAAACUAUAAAAGGCAAUUUUUAAAUACAAAGUUAUUUGUUUUUUUUAUCCUCGAUGCUUAAACACGAAACGACAUUCUCUAGCUAUAUGUAUAAUAUGUAUAUUAGUACUUAUAAUACAGAUUCGCAAGAUCCCCGUACAUGAAUGUUCCCUUGUUAUACAAGUAUUAUUUUACGGCAACAAGCACACCCAACGUUGGUAGACAUAUUCGCGUCGCCCUUGUAUAGAGGACAGGUUGAGAAGCACGACUCGGCAGAAAAAAAGAGAGAAUCCCUACAAGACAUUGCGGAAGAUCGAUCACGCCGAGCACGGCAAGCUUUUGGGU